AUGAAUUUACUAAAGAGGUUUGGAAGCAAAAAGAGUUUUAAAAGCAAAUCGCCGUCGUCUUCUACUGGACCAUCAUCGUCGGAUCCUGUAAUCUCCGUUGCCGACAAGAUCAACGCCGCUAAAAAGAAGUACGAACUCAUACCUGAUCGCUUCUCUUCUCUGGACCAGGUGUCAAAAGCUUUAAGAGAAGCUGGUCUUGAAUCAUCUAACCUGAUUCUUGGAAUUGAUUUCACAAAGAGCAAUGAAUGGACUGGGAAAACUUCAUUCGAUGGAAAAUGUUUACACGCAUUUGAUGAUGAAAUUCCGAAUCCAUACGAAAAGGCGAUUUUCGUAAUCGGCCAAACAUUGGCUCCUUUCGACGAAGACAAUCUCAUUCCUUGUUUCGGAUUUGGCGAUUCAACGACACACGACGAAGAAGUGUUUAGUUUCCAUAGCGACCAUUCUCCAUGUCAUGGCUUUGAAGAGGUCUUAGCUUGUUACAGGAGAAUUGCACCCAACUUGCGUCUAUCAGGGCCAACGUCGUAUGCACCGCUCAUUGAAACUGCAAUCGACAUUGUCCAGAAGAGCGGAGGACAAUUCCAUGUUCUGGUGAUCGUCGCUGAUGGACAGGUAACUAGAGGUCUAGAUAUGCCUGAGGGAGAACUCAGUCAACAAGAGAAAACAACCAUCAAUGCGAUUGUAAACGCAAGCUCGUAUGCUUUGUCAAUUGUUUUAAUCGGUGUCGGAGACGGCCCAUGGGAUGACAUGAGGAAGUUUGAUGACAAGUUACCUAAGCGAGAAUUCGACAACUUUCAGUUUGUGAAUUUUACAGAGAUCAUGUCGAGGGAUUUAUCAGCGUCUGCCAAAGAAACUGCCUUUGCUCUUGCUGCUCUAAUGGAGAUUCCCUAUCAGUAUCAAGCACUAAACGAACUCAGCUCACUCAGGAAACCGGCGGUAGAAGCUAGAAAAGUAGUUCCAAGGCCACCACCAAUUCCGUACACGCCUCCAGUUAAUGCUGAACUACCAGCACCUGUAUCAGAAGAACAAACACAGAAUUGCCCGAUUUGUCUGACUAACCGAAAAGACGUGGCUUUCAACUGUGGCCACAUGACUUGUGGAGAUUGCGGAGCCAGGAUAUCAAACUGCCCCAUCUGCAGAGUACUGAUCACAAACCGGCUGCGGCUUUACAUGUGA